UGAGGGUCCAAGAAUCCCGGGCGGCCCACACAGCACUCUGCGCGCGUUUGCUCGGCUUGAAGCGCAGGAGGGAGUUUUGGCGUAAAGAGUCAAAGAGCGAGUUCCCCUUUCGCAUCAGACAGCAGGGACAGUCCAGACUGAGACCAGAGGACACUGGGGCCAGAGAGGUACAAGGUGAUCAGGAAGCAGUGCUGGGUGAUGGAGCAGAAUACAGAGUUCAAAUAAGGGAAAAAUUUUGCAUCAUGUUAGAUAAGAACCAUUUGCUUGGAGAAUCUGAAAACUUCUGUCAUGAAAUUGCUCAGGAAGGCCGAGAACUGUUGGAACGUUUGUUUGAUGAGGAUGUCAGAACAGGUUCGCAGCCACAGACCAUGCUCCUUCAGGGGGCUGCUGGAGUUGGGAAGACAACCUUGGUGAGAAUAAUGAUGUUAGACUGGGCACAGGGCAACCCCUACCAGCAGAAAUUUACUUAUGUUUUUUAUCUCAGUGCAAGAGAAAUUAACCAGUUGAGAGAGAGAAGCUUUGCUCAAACGAUAUCAAAGGACUGGCCCAGCACAGAAGGCCCCAUUGAAAGGAUUCUGUCCCAGCCGAGUAGUCUCCUUUUUAUUAUUGAUAGUUUUGAUGAACUGAACUUUGCCUUUGAGGAACCUGAGUGUGUGCUGUGUGCAGACUGGACCCCGGUACACCCCGUGUCCUUCCUCAUGAGUAGUUUGCUGAGAAAAGUGAAGCUCCCUGAGUCGUCCUUAUUGCAUUGCCAGUGUUUACGGACCAUGAAACUGAGUGUAAUUGUGGUAUUUGAGAAGAAGAUGUUAAACUCAAGCUUCCCAGCUGAAACUUGCAAUAAAAGGCUGACACAUUUAUGCUUGGCGGGCAAUGUCUUGGGAGAUAGUGGAGUAAAGCUUAUGAGUGAUGCCUUGAAACAUCCACCGUGCACUCUACAGAGCCUUGUAAUCUUUAAUGAUAAUGAAGAUGAUGAGGAUGAUGAUAUUAAUAAUUGCCAUUUAUUUUGUCCUUACUUUGUGCUGGGCCCUGCGCAAAAUUUGUUUAACCUGAACAGAAGUACCUAUUGGUGUCAGAUUGGCCACCUGAGUUCUAAGUGCCUCACUGAACAGUGCUCACCUCUUAGAACAGUGGAUCUCAACUCUGGUGAUUUGGCCACCAAGGGGACAUUUUUCGUUGUCACAAGUGAGGGUUGCUCCUGGCAUCAAGUUGUGUUCCACACCUCAAGUGAAUCUGAAAUCAAAGGAUUUGGGAUUUAG